CGGCUGCCAUCUUCGUUUGGGAAACAAGUUGCGUUGUACGGUUGCCUUUAACGGGACAUUUUUUGUUUUACUUAAGCUCAUUGGAGAAAUGAAACUGGGUCGGCAGGACAACUAACCAAACGACAACUGCACAGGCAAACUUUGUAAAUUUUUUGGUCUGUAGUAAGUGGCCAUGUAAGAUGAACAGGACGGGGAAACAACCUGCUAGCGGUCAGUCUCCAGCUUUAUCAUCGCAGCUAGCGCAGGCGUGGUGAGUGGAACCGCAGGCAGGGGGCGGCAACAUGGCGGUGACAGCAGCACAGACACGGAGACGCGCAUCCAAGAGAGCGGCACUCACACAUACACACACACACAGCGCAGGUCAGUCCGUUCAGCUAACCGGCUGGGACCGACAACACACCGGACACCCACCGGAACUCUCCAGAGUGGAUGUUACUGACAGAGAGUGAUUUCUUGUUGGUGUUUUGUUUUUGUUUUCCUCGGCUUCGCGAGUGUCCUUCUCUUUAAUUUCUUCUUGAAGCUCCAGAGCAGUGAUUAAAUAUAUUAAGGGGGGCAGGCGUACAACUAGCUUCAGACGCCCCCGAGUAGGGAGGAAAUGACAAGCGAGAGACCGGUGACGAUGCCGGGCUCGGUGUCGCUCUCGGACCGACAACCUCCUCCAGGUCACGGGCAUCACGCGGCUGCAAGCUCCGCUGCCGCCGGUGAGACAAUGAUGAUGUCCGGCUCGGGUUCAGUGGUCCUCCCGGCUGGGAUUAUCAAUCCAUCGAUACCAAUCCGGAAUAUCAAGAUGAAAUUUGCUGUUCUCAUUGGACUGAUCCAGGUUGGAGAGGUUAGCAACCGGGAUAUUGUCGAAACGGUGUUGAAUUUGUUGGUGGGUGGCGAGUUUGAUCUGGAGACAAACUUCAUUAUUCAGGAUGCAGAAAGUAUCGGCUGCAUGGUGGAGCUGCUGGAGCACUGUGACGUCACCUGCCAAGCUGAAAUCUGGAGCAUGUUCACCGCCAUCCUUCGGAAGAGCGUGCGAAACCUGCAGACGAGCACGGAGGUGGGCCUCAUCCAGCAGGUGCUGCUCAAAAUGAGCUCAGUUGAUGACAUGAUUGCAGACCUGCUGGUGGACAUGUUGGGAGUGCUGGCCAGCUACAGCAUCACAGUGAAGGAACUGAAAAUUCUCUUCAGCAUGCUACGAGGGGAAGGCAGCCUCUGGCCGAAGCAUGCGGUCAAAAUGUUGUCGGUGCUGAAUCAGAUGCCCCAGAGACACGGCCCAGAUGCCUUCUUCAACUUUCCUGGUCGCAGUGCAGCAGCCAUUGCUUUACCUCCUAUUGCCAAGUGGCCUUAUCAGAAUGGGUUUACAUUUAACACCUGGUUCAGAAUGGAUCCCUUGAAUAACAUCAAUGUUGACAAGGACAAACCAUAUCUCUACUGCUUUCGCACCAGCAAGGGUAUAGGGUACUCUGCACAUUUUGUGGGUAACUGCCUGAUUGUGACAUCACUCAAGUCAAAAGGAAAAGGUUUCCAGCACUGUGUGAAAUAUGAUUUUCAGCCCAGAAAGUGGUACAUGAUCAGCAUAGUUCACAUCUACAGCCGCUGGAGGAACAGUGAAAUCCGAUGCUAUGUUAAUGGGCAGCUGGUUUCUUAUGGAGACAUGGCAUGGCAUGUCAACACAAAUGAUAGUUAUGAUAAGUGCUUCCUUGGAUCCUCAGAGACAGCGGACGCUAACAGAGUAUUCUGCGGGCAGCUAGGAGCCGUCUAUGUGUUCAGUGAAGCCCUCAAUCCCGCACAGAUAUUUGCAAUUCAUCAACUUGGACCAGGCUAUAAGAGCACAUUUAAGUUCAAGUCAGAGAGUGAUAUCCACUUAGCAGAGCAUCACAAGCAGGUGCUGUACGACGGCAAGCUGGCCAGCUCCAUCGCCUUCACCUAUAACGCCAAGGCCACUGACGCCCAACUCUGCCUGGAGUCUUCACCUAAAGAAAACGCCUCCAUCUUUGUGCACUCACCUCAUGCCCUUAUGCUACAGGAUGUGAAAGCCACAGUGACUCAUUCCAUCCACAGUGCCAUCCACUCCAUUGGCGGGAUCCAGGUGCUAUUUCCUCUCUUUGCUCAGCUGGACUACCAUCAGCUAAAUGACAGUCAGGUGGAGACCACUGUAUGCGCCACUCUCUUGGCCUUUCUGGUCGAGCUGCUCAAGAGCUCUGUGGCCAUGCAGGAGCAGAUGCUGGGAGGAAAGGGCUUUUUGGUGAUUGGAUACCUGCUAGAGAAGUCAUCACGUGCACACAUCACCAGGGCUGUAUUAGAGCAAUUCCUCUCCUUUGCUAAAUAUUUGGAUGGUCUGACACACGGGGCACCACUGUUGAAGCAGCUCUGUGACCACAUCCUGUUCAACGCCGCCAUCUGGAUCCACACCCCUGCCAAGGUGCAGCUCUCUCUGUACACAUACCUUUCUGCUGAGUUCAUUGGCACGGCAACCAUCUACAACACGAUUCGACGAGUGGGCACGGUGCUUCAGCUCAUGCAUACUCUUAAGUACUACUACUGGGCCAUCAACCCUGCAGACAGCAGCGGCAUCACACCAAAGGGUCUCGAUGGUCCGAGGCCGACCCAAAAAGAAAUAAUUUCUCUGCGGGCGUUCAUGCUUCUCUUCCUCAAGCAACUCAUCCUGAAGGACAGAGGUGUGAAGGAGGAUGAGCUGCAGAGUAUCCUGAACUAUUUGUUAACAAUGCAUGAGGAUGAAAAUCUGCAUGAUGUGUUGCAGUUGGUGGUAGCCCUGAUGUCUGAGCAUCCAGCCUCCAUGAUCCCUGCUUUUGACCAGAGAAAUGGAAUACGGGUAAUCUACAAGCUCAUGGCCUCCAAGAGUGAAAGCAUUCGAGUACAAUCCCUCAAAGUCCUUGGGUACUUCCUCAAGCAUUUGGGCCACAAGAGGAAGGUGGAGAUCAUGCACACACACAGCCUCUUUACUCUCCUGGGAGAGAGGCUCAUGCUGCACACCAACACUGUGACGGUGACGACCUACAACACUCUGUACGAGAUUCUGACAGAGCAGGUGUGCACACAGGUAGUUCACAAACCUCAUCCUGAGCCCGACUCCACUGUCAAGAUUCAGAACCCAAUGAUUCUCAAGGUUGUUGCCACCUUACUGAAGAACUCCGCCCCCAGCGCGGAGCUGAUGGAAGUUCGGCGGCUCUUCCUUUCUGACAUGAUCAAACUGUUCAGCAACAGCCGAGAGAACAGGCGAUGUCUGCUUCAGUGCUCAGUAUGGCAAGACUGGAUGUUUUCUCUUGGAUACAUCAACCCCAAAAGCUCUGAGGAGCAGAAGAUCACUGAGAUGGUGUACAACAUCUUUCGUAUUCUGCUCUACCACGCUAUCAAGUAUGAGUGGGGAGGGUGGCGCGUGUGGGUGGACACACUCUCAAUAGCCCACUCCAAGGUGACAUAUGAGGCGCAUAAGGAGUACUUGGCUAAGAUGUAUGAGGAGUACCAGCGUCAGGAAGAGGAAAAUAUUAAGAAAGGGAAGAAGGGCUUGGUCAGCACCAUCUCUGGUCUGUCUGCUCAGGCCUCUGGUAUCAAAGGUGCAAUUGAGAUUAGAGAAAUGGAUGAUAACUCUCAGACACCUGAGAGCGAGACAGACUAUGAGAGUGCCGAUUCACGCAACCUGCUGGCUGAAGGGAAGGGGCUCGAAGAGGGUCUCAGAGGAGCGGGAGAUACGGUGGAUGGGGUCAGGGUCGAAGUUCAUGAUCUUCUGGUGGACAUCAAGGCUGAAAAGGUGGAGGCUACAGAAGUUAAGCUGGAUGAUAUGGACUUGUCCUCUGAAACUCUGGGAGUAUCUGAGAAUGGAGCACUGGUGGAGGUGGAAUCUCUGUUGGAUAAUGUUUAUUGUGCUGCUGUGGAAAAACUCAACAGUAACGUCAAUAGUGUGUUGUUACCCAAAGGUAGCAUGGACGACCAAAAUACACCUCUCAUUACACUAGACGAUGACAAGGACAGCAUCCCUAACAGCAACAAUUUCUUGUUUGGAAAGGUAGCAGGAAACAUAGAGGACAAGCUACUGCCUGACUUGAGUCCAGGUGAGCCUUUGGUCCUGCCCAGCCCAGAGCCUCCAGUCCACACUAAUGCCAGUGAUGAACUGGGCCUGCUAGCUCACAUGACUGGCAGCUCUGAGCUUGGCUCCUUACCAAGUAUCCUGGAAAAGGAUGAGUUUGAACUACAGGCAGCAUUGGAGGGCAUCAGCUCUGUGGCUGGUACCAAAGCUGAGGCCACUGAGGGCACAACUGGAGCAGCAUCUGAAGGGGACCCCUCAGCUGUUAAGACCAGCAAUACAGCGGACGCUACAGGCAACACCUCUGACACAGAGAGAUCAGAUGAUGGCAAAGACAAGGAGAUGAGGAAGAUUCAGACAAGAGCGACUACACAGAGUCUACAGGGCCGCUUAGCCACUCAGAUGGAGAGGGACAUACGCGUGGACUUGGGCUUCAGGGGGACACCCAUGACGGAGGAACAGCGACGUCAGUUCAGCCCCGGGCCGCGCACCACUAUGUUCCGCAUUCCAGAGUUCAAAUGGUCAGCCAUGCACCAGAGACUGCUCACUGACCUGCUGUUUGCACUGGAGAGUGAUGUCCAUGUCUGGAGGAGCCACUCCACUAAAUCUGUCAUGGACUUUGUCAAUAGUAAUGAGAACAUUAUUUUUGUCCACAAUACCAUCCACCUCAUAUCACAAAUGGUAGACAACAUCAUUAUUGCUUGCGGAGGGAUCUUGCCCCUGCUCUCAGCGGCCACCUCUCCCUCUAGCGCCAAGACGGAGUUGGAGAACAUCGAGGCAACACAGGGCAUGUCCUCAGAGACCGCCAUCACUUUCCUGUCCCGUCUCAUGGUCAUGGUGGACGUGUUGGUGUUCUCGAGCUCCCUCAACUUUAGCGAGAUCGAAGCUGAGAAAAACAUGUCCUCUGGGGGCCUGAUGCGUCAGUGCCUGAGACUCGUGUGUUGUGUGGCAGUGAGGAACUGUCUGGAGUGCAGGCAGAGACACAGAGACAGAGGAAAUAAGUCUUCCAUUCCCAACAACAACAAGACUCAGGAAAUUCUGCAAAACGCUGUGACUUCCAGCAAGACAGCUUUAGAGACUGUCCCUAGUAACCUGUCUCCCAUCAAGGACCCUGAUCGCCUUCUGCAGGACGUGGACAUUAAUCGACUGCGUGCUGUGGUGUUCCGUGAUGUGGAUGACAGUAAGCAAGCCCAAUUCCUGGCUUUAGCUGUGGUGUACUUCAUCUCUGUCCUCAUGGUCUCCAAGUACCGCGACAUCCUGGAGCCUCAACGUGAGACUGCCAGGAUAAGUAACCAAUCAGGCCGCAGCAUGCGUCAAGAGAUCAACUCACCAACCAGCACAGAAACACCACUAACAUUUGACAGCAGUAAAGACCAGUCUGCACCAUUAGAAGACCUCCACAUGGAAGGCUCUCUUCCCCACACAGACUCUGGUAUCGGAGAGGAGCAGGUAGCCAGUAUCCUUAAUGGGUCUGACCUGGACCACGGCGCAGGAGGUCCGGACGUCAUGAGCGAGCUCUUAUCUACCCUCUCCUCAGAGGUGAAGAAGUCACAAGAGAGCCUGUCUGAGUCCCCCAGCGUGGAGGUACUGAAACCACCCUCCUCCAUCGUCAGUAUUAGCCAGCCCAACAAGGGCAUCAAUGUCAAGGAGAUUCUGAAGAGCCUGGUGGCAUCCCCAGUGGACGGCAUGGAGGCUGGUCUGGAGCCUGUGUCCUACCCAGACCAUGCUGCCAAGGCCCAGGCUCAGGCCAUGCUGCCCAUGCAGUUUCACUCCUUUGACAGGAGUGUGGUGGUGCCUGUGAAGAAGCCCUCUCCUGGCAGCCUAACAGUUAAUACAGUGGGAAGCAGCAGCAGCAGCACCUCUGCCGGGCUGACAGCUGGCAGCACCCCUAAUAUCUUCGCCGCUGCCUCUGCAACCCCCAAAAGCAUGAUCAACACCACGGGAGCCACUGAUGCUGCCGCUUCUAACAGUUCCUCUUCCUCCAGUUUUGUCAACGGAGCCACCAGUAAGAACCUACCGGCCGUGCAGACGGUGGCCCCCAUGCCUGAAGACACAGUGGAAAACAUGAGUGCCUUUUGUGAAGUGGACCAGUGUCCACUACGCCAGGGACUGACACCUCCUGAGCUCAAACCCUUUAGCUCCAUGACAGGAUUACAGGCAGCCUCCAGAGGUGCAGGCCAGUGUCUUAGCAUUACUACAAAGCUGGAGAGGGCUUUAGAAAAGGUGGCGCCCCUGCUGAGAGAGAUCUUUGUGGACUUUGCACCCUUUCUGUCGCGCACCCUGCUGGGCAGCCACGGACAGGAGUUGCUCAUAGAAGGUUUAGUGUGCAUGAAGUCAAGCACCUCAGUGGUGGAGCUUGUCAUGCUGCUUUGUUCUCAAGAGUGGCAGAACUCCAUUCAGAAGAACGCUGGCCUGGCAUUCAUUGAGCUAAUCAACGAAGGAAGGUUGCUCUGCCAUGCUAUGAAGGACCACAUAGUGCGGGUCGCCAACGAGGCUGAGUUCAUCCUGAACAGACAGCGAGCGGAGGACGUCCACAAACACGCAGAGUUUGAGUCCAACUGUGCCCAAUACGCGGCUGAUAGAAAAGAAGAAGAGAAGAUGUGUGACCACCUGAUCAGUGCCGCUAAACACAGAGACCACGUGACGGCCAACCAGUUAAAGCAGAAAAUCGUCAACAUCCUCACCAACAAGCACGGCGCCUGGGGGACACUGGCCCAGAGUCAGCUGCACGACUUCUGGCGACUUGACUACUGGGAAGAUGACCUGCGACGGAGGCGGAGAUUUGUCAGGAACCCGUUUGGCUCCACCCACUUAGAUGUCAUGUGCAAGUCAUUGCAGGAGUAUGGCACAGAAGAGGACGAGGUGGUCAAGUCUAAGAAGGCCUUCCGCAGCCAAACCGUGGCCAGUCAGAACCCCGAGACAGAGUUGUUGCUAGAGGGAGACGACGAUGCCGUCAGCCUGCUGCAGGAGAAGGAGAUGGACAACCUCGGUGGCCCAGUGGUCCUGAGCAGCCCGGCCCAGCUUGUUGCCCCUGUCCUGGUGGCCCGGGGGACUCUGUCCAUCACCACCACUGAAAUCUACUUUGAGGUGGACGAGGAUGACCCUGCUUUCAAAAGGGUCGACCCAAAGGUCUUAGCAUACACCGAGGGUUUACAUGGAAAGUGGAUGUUCAGUGAGAUCCGGGCAGUCUUCUCCAGACGCUACCUCCUUCAGAACACAGCGAUGGAGGUCUUUAUGGCCAAUAGAACAUCAGUCCUGUUCAACUUUCCUGACCAGGCCACAGUAAAGAAAGUUGUCUACAGUCUUCCUCGAGUCGGAGUGGGAACCAGCUACGGGCUCCCACAAGCUAGGCGCAUCUCCCUGGCCACCCCUCGGCAGCUUUUCAAAUCCUCAAACAUGACCCAGCGCUGGCAGAGGAGAGAGAUCUCCAACUUUGAGUACCUCAUGUUUCUCAACACUAUAUCAGGGAGGACAUACAAUGACCUGAACCAGUACCCAGUCUUUCCCUGGGUCCUCACCAACUACGACUCUGAGGAGCUUGACUUGACCUUGCCAGGGAACUUCAGAGAUCUCUCAAAGCCUGUCGGGGCUCUGAAUCCAAAGCGUGCAGCGUUCUACGCUGAACGCUAUGAGACUUGGGAAGACGACCAGACACCACCUUGUCAUUACAACUCCCACUACUCCACAGUCGCCUCCACCCUGCACUGGCUCAUCAGAAUAGAGCCCUUCACCACGUUCUUCCUCAGUGCUAAUAACAACAAAUUUGACCACCCAGACCGCACCUUUUCAGCCAUUGCACGCUCCUGGAGGAACUGUCAGAGGGACACGUCAGAUGUAAAGGAACUGACUCCUGAAUUCUACUACCUACCAGAGAUGUUUGUCAACAGCAAUGGCUAUCAUUUGGGAAUGAGGGACGACGGGAACAUGGUUCAUGAUGUGGACUUGCCGGCCUGGGCCAAGAAACCUGAAGACUUUGUUAGGAUAAACAGGAUGGCCCUGGAAAGCGAGUUUGUGUCAUGUCAGCUGCAUCAGUGGAUUGACCUUAUUUUCGGCUACAAGCAGCGGGGCCCGGAGGCGGUGCGUGCCCUCAACGUCUUUCACUACCUGACUUACGAGGGCUCCGUCAACCUGGACAGUAUCGCUGACCCUUCGCUCAGAGAGGCCACAGAGGCGCAGAUCCAGAGCUUUGGACAGACGCCAUCUCAGUUGCUUAUUGAGCCACAUCCUCCACGCAGCUCCGCCAUGCACCUGGUGAGAGCAACGAGCAUGCUGGGAAAAUUCUCUGCACCUCUGUGUUUCCUUCCACAGAGUCCUCUCAUGUUCAAGGACCAGAUGCAGCAAGAUGUCAUCAUGGUGUUGAAGUUUCCAUCAAAUUCACCGGUAACGCACGUGGCCGCUAACACCCUGCCGCAUCUUACCAUACCUGCUGUGGUCACAGUCACCUGCAGUCGCCUAUUCGCCGUCAACCGAUGGCACAACACUGUUGGUCUCAGAGGAGCACCAGGCUACUCUCUGGAGCAGGCCCAUUAUCUACCCAUAGAGAUGGACUCUCUGAUUGCUAACAAUACUGGAAGCAACAAGCGUCAGAUCACAGACCUAGUGGACCAGAGCAUCCAAAUCACCACACACUGUUUCGUGGUGACAGCUGACAACCGCUACAUCCUGGUGUGUGGCUUCUGGGACAAGAGCUUUCGUGUGUACUCCUCCGAGACAGGCAAGCUGACCCAGAUAGUUUUCGGUCACUGGGAUGUGGUGACAUGUCUGGCCAGGUCAGAGUCUUACAUCGGCGGAGACUGCUACAUCGUCUCCGGAUCCAGGGAUGCUACCCUGCUGCUAUGGUACUGGAGUGGGCGGCACCAUAUUAUUGGCGACAACCCCAAUAACAGCGACUACCCAGCACCACGAGCAGUUCUGACGGGUCAUGACCAGGAAGUGGUGUGUGUGUCAGUCUGCGCAGAGCUGGGCCUGGUCAUCAGUGGAACCAAAGAGGGUCCAUGUCUGGUUCAUACCAUCACGGGGGACCUUCUGCGGGCUUUGGAGGGGCCAGACCACUAUCAGUGCCCACGACUCAUCUCAGUGUCCAGUGAGGGCCACUGCAUCAUCUACUACGAGAGGGGUGGCUUCUGCAACUUCAGCAUUAAUGGGAAACUGCUGGCACAGAUGGAGGUCAAUGAUUCCACCAGGGCUAUUCUCCUGAGCAGCGACGGCCACAACCUGGUGACAGGUGGAGACAGCGGCGUGGUGGAGAUCUGGCAGGCCUGCGACUUCAAACAGCUCUACAUCUACCCUGGCUGCGACGCCGGCAUCCGAGCCAUGGACCUAUCACAUGAUCAAAGGACUCUGAUUACAGGCAUGGCCUCUGGAAGUAUCGUAGCAUUUAACAUAGAUUUCAACCGGUGGCACUACGAGCAUCAAAACCGGUAUUGAGGAGGGUAAAAGGCAGAUCCGCCCAGCAGAAGGCAAGUGUUGAGGGUAAGAGGGACACCUAUCAACCAGCGACCGCACUGUGCUGCAGAAGCUCCACCGAGCAUGGAGGAAAUCCAGCGUACUGGAGAUCAGCAGCACGGUGAAGCUAAUAAAGAACUAAGUGUGUUUACAUGUGUGUCAUCUGGCCUCUGAGGCAAAAUCGUUGCCAUUUGUCUGUUGCUGAACAAUCGGGACACUUUUUUCUGUUGGUCUUCAUGUCUUACCUGAGCAACAGCUGAAGCAUUUCCCCAACCGAGUCGAGCAGAUGCGUUGUUCUGGUCAAGGUGAGUGAGAUCGACUCAAGUCAACACAAUUCAACGGUUAAGUUAAUAAAACAUACCCAAUGCAAGCCUUUAAGUUCCUGUUUCAAACUGUGAAAAUGCAAAACAAAAUAACUCCUGUGUUAGGAACAUUUAUACAACAUUUGUAUGGCAGAUACAUAUCUCACUUGGAACACUUUUCUAGAAAAAAAAAAAAGGAAAACCUGUGUAUAUAUGAACAGUGUAAAGUGUUUCUUCCCUGUAAAGGCUGAGAGAUCUAAAUGCUGUUAGAUUAGCCACCAUGUUGACAACAUUUCCAUCAUGUGAGCCAUGUAUAAAUGUUCAAAAUGUCUGCAAUGCACUUCAGAUAUUAGUUGGUUAGUAAUACAUGUAUAUGGCCAUUGUUUGCUCAUUGUUAUCAACAGUGGUCAGAUGUAUGUAUAUGUGACAAAAAGACAAAAAUGUUUGCUGUUACUUUGUUGUGUUUGUGUCUAUAUGGAAGAAGAGUCAAAUUCAGUGUGAGCUUUGUCCUUUGUGAAAUAUUUGUUUUUGAAUCAUGAUGUCAGCAAAAAGGAUAAUUGUGAUAUUUCUGUAUUUAUUUGAAAUCGAGGACUAUUUUGUUUAUGAACGGCGAGUUAUUCUUUUCUGUAAGAUUUUAAAAUGAUUUAAAUACUUCAUUCAGUGCAACAAUUACCAACAUUUUUUUUUGGUUUUGCUCCAAAAACACAUCCAGAGGAUUAAAUAUCACAUUUGUUGAAUAGUAUCUCAUGACAGUUAAGGUGUUUGUGUAUGUGGUAGAGCUGUUGAGACAUUUUGUAAAAGGAAGUGUCAUUUCUUAAGACAUUCUGCAGACAUUAAUACUGUUACUUGUGCAUCUAAGUUUUUCAUUUUUUUUUGCCUAUUUUUGCACAAAAUGUUUGCUUGUUCAUUGUUAAUCUGAAUUCAUGAACACCAUGCACUGGUAAGCAAUAUUAUUACUUGGUUACUUAAACGGUCUAAGGAAGGCUUUCAGUUGUGUGACAAAAUAAAAAAAAUAUCUAAUUAACAACAGAAUAAUGUUCCAAAAAUGACUAUGGACUAUUUUUGGUGAUAUGAAAGCUAUUGUGUGCAUUAAAAUUACAGAAAUGAGAAGUGGGUCGCUGUGAGAUGACAAUUUAAAACAAAAUAUGCAACAAAAUAGAUUUUGAGUUUGCACCCUGAUUUUGUAGCGGUUCCACAAGACACCACUUUACCCAAAACUGAGGUUUUGCAUGCUAAGAGCUACUGUAGACAUUAGUCUCACUUUGAUUUACUGUGAAAUCAUUUUUACUAGAGAAUUUAAGUUUGCUUGAAAAAAAACUAAUUUUGUUAAUAAAUUGUUAGCAUUAAGCAUUUUCGUUUCAUUUAAUAUAUUUUAAGAUAUUAUGAUUUAUAUCAUUUUAAUUGUAUUGCCAGUUGUUUUUGCAUAUGUUUUGGAAGAGGUAGAAUAUGUUUCGAGCUUGUGCCAUAAUGUUAAAAUCAAUAACUGUAAAUUCAACUGCUUUCAUUUUUUUUUUUUUGUUGUGUUUUUAA